UGCAAAUACAACUUAGAUAAAUUUUGGAGAAAAAAACCCCAUCCCUUCAAUAGGAAAAAAAAGCAGCCUUCAUUUCUUCAUCACUUUCAACACCACCUUUUUCCACUUCGUCGUUCAACUCCCGAUCUCCAACUUUUGCAGCCCCACCGUCAAAAUCAACCGCAACCUAACAGAAACAAGUAGAAGUUACAGUCUGUUGCGCACUCCAAUGUGGGCAGUUCUGCGAGCUCGUGCUUGUUCCUCGCGCUAUGCAUCAAAUCCACAGCCUCUUCUUCAACCAUGGAAGCUAGGGUUUUCCUCUCUAUCCACUACCGUCAACACUGACGGUGGCGUCAGUAAAUGCUUCUUAGAUCUGCAAGAGAUCGAGAAGAUUCUGACGGACGUUCAAGCUGACGACGUGAAGAUAAUUCCAGUUCCCAAACAGAGCGAGUGGGCGGAUUUCAUGGUGCUCGCCACUGGUAAAUCCCCAUGGCACGUCAGGAAUAUCGCUCAAGCCCUAAUUUACCAGGCUAAGCAGAAGCAGAUAGGCGCUCGGCAAAUGAUGCUGCCUAGCGUGCAAGGGCAAGAGGAUGGAAAAUGGAUCGUUAUUGACUCUGGUAAAGUGAUAGUUCACGCACUUGAUGAAAAUGCUAGAGCUUACUACAAUUUGGAGGGUCUUUGGACCCGCGGGACAUUGCAAAAUGAACCUGUUGAGUUGUAAAGAGUACUCAGAACAGUAAGAGAGCAACUACCAACUGGGAAUUCUGUUUGUAGGAGGUCUUACGCGCGCAUUUGUUUGCUUAAACAUCUCGGGCUGACAUUUUGAGCCAUUUUUAUCUGACUAGUCUUAUGAGUAGUUUGUCUUUCGGUCAAUAAGGCUUAAGGAAUCACAAACAUAAUUCUUUUACUUUAUUAUUGGUAUUAUUAUUGUUGUUAUUGUACCAUCUUUAGGCAAAUUUUGUGGCAUGACUGAUUUGAAUGAUCUCCUAUUUUCUUUGA